UCCCUUUCCUCACCUCACUCCUGGACACAGACACGGGCCAGGACACGAGCCAGGACGCCGGGUCCUGCAGUGGCACUUACUGCUGCACUGCCCUCCCUUUCCUUUUGUUUUUUCCUCUCCUCCUGUCACUGCCACCCCAGGGGAAGAGGGGGAGUCCAUGGCUCGCACGCUUCUCUUCGCACUAACCCGCUCCUAAUGUCUUUGAGCAAUUCUCCAGCGCUCUGACUGUGCCUCCAGAGCGGUUCCCAGCCAGCAGGCAUGAUGCUGAUGGGAGCCCUGCGCAGCCUCCUGUUCCUCUGCCUGGUUGAGGAGGGCAUCAGCAGAGUCAGAAGAUACUACAUUGCUGCCGUGGAAACUGCCUGGGACUACAUGCACAGCGACCUGCUCUCCGUGCUGCAAGCGCCUGCAGGUGUGUCAGGGCACCCGGGCCCACAGCCCCCCCUGCCUGGUGUCCCUCCCCAGUACAGGAAGGCUGUGUUUGUGGAGUACCCUGAUGCCUCGUUCACGCAGCCCAAGCCCAAGCCAGCAUGGAUGGGUCUCCUGGGCCCCACCAUCCAAGCAGAAGUCUAUGAUGUGGUGGUCAUCACGUUUAAGAACCUGGCCUCGCGCCCCUACAACCUCCACGCUGUCGGGGUGUCCUACUGGAAGGCAUCGGAGGGUGCAGGGUAUGAGGAUGAGACCAGCCAGCCAGAGAAGGAGGGUGACAGGGUGGAUCCAGGGAAGACACACACGUAUGUCUGGGAGAUCCCUCAAAACCAGGGCCCGACGGAUGGCGACUCAUCAUGUCUGACCCACUCCUACUCCUCCAACACCGACAGUGUGAAGGACAUCAACUCUGGUUUGAUUGGAGCCCUGCUUGUGUGCCGACCUGGGACCCUGGCAAGCGGUGGGAACGAGGACUCGCAUCAAGAGUUUGUGAUGCUCUUUGCAGUGUUUGAUGAAGGGAAAAGCUGGUACUCCGAGCCCAGCUCCUCAGCAGCUCCUCAGCCCGUGCCUCACAACAGGACAGAGCUGCACACCAUCAAUGGCUACAUCAAUGGCUCACUGCCUGGACUCACACUGUGCCUUAAGAAGCAGGUCAAUUGGCACGUCAUCGGGUUGGGCACUGGGGCAGAAGUUCACUCCAUCUUCUUUGAAGCCCACACAUUCCUGGUGAGAAGCCACCGUCUCAGCAGCCUAGAAAUCUCCCCUGCCACCUAUCUCACAGCCCAGAUCAUGCCAGGAACUGCUGGCUGGUUUCGGAUGUUCUGCCAGAUACCAUCCCAUCAACAAGCUGGCAUGGAGGCCUUUGUGAAGGUGGAGGAGUGUCCGGAGGAGCGCCUGCUGAAGAUGGGGAAGCUGUCAGAUGAGCCAGAGGACAUGGAUUACCCUGAAGAAGAUGAAGAAGCUUAUCAUGUGAUCCAAGUGCGCUCUUCUGCCAAAGACAAGCCUAUGACCUGGACUCACUACAUCGCGGCCGAGGAAAUGGACUGGGACUAUGCCCCUGUGAAGCCAGUGUCCCUGGACAGAAACAUGACAAGCCUGUUCCUGGAGACUGGUCCUCAUCGGAUAGGUUCAAGGUAUAAGAAAGUAAUGUUUGUGGAGUAUGAGGAUGCAACCUUCAAGAAGCGCAAGGUGUCCGAUCAACUGGACAAGGGAAUUCUGGGGCCCGUCAUUAAAGGGGAGGUUGGAGAUCAGUUUAAGAUCGUGUUCAGGAACCUGGCAAGCCGACCAUACAACAUCUACCCUCACGGCCUCACCAGCGUCAAGCCAUACCACGCCAUGAAGCCUUCCCAAGAUAAGGAUGUGAAGGACAUUCCUAUCCCCCCUGGCCAGUCAUUCACCUACAGCUGGAAAGUCACCACUGAGGAUGGGCCAACGCAGGCAGAUCCUCGCUGUCUCACCCGUUUCUACUACAGCUCCAUCGACCCAGUGCGAGACACGGCCUCAGGUCUCAUUGGGCCUCUCCUGAUCUGCUUUAAGAAGUCCAUGGACCAGAGGGGAAAUCAGAUAAUGUCAGACAGGACAAGGUUGGUGCUGUUUUCAGUCUUCGAUGAGAACCUCAGCUGGUACCUGGAGGAGAACAUCAGGAGGUUCUGCACUGACGCAGCCCACGUGGAUAUCCAGGACCCCCAGUUUUAUGCCUCCAACGUGAUGCACACUAUUAAUGGCUUUGUGUUUGACAACCUCGAACUGAAACUCUGCCUGCAUGAAGUUGUGUACUGGUAUGUCCUGAGUGUUGGGGCCCAAGCAGAUUUCCUCUCUAUCUUCUUCUCUGGAAACACAUUCAAGCGCAACAUGGUCUUUGAGGAUGUGCUUACCCUUUUCCCAUUUUCUGGAGAAACAGUCUUCAUGAGCUUGGAAAAGCCAGGUGUCUGGAUGCUGGGGUGCCUGAAUCCUGACUACAGAGACCGAGGGAUGCGUGCCAAGUUCACAGUCUCGCAGUGCCAGCAGGAGCAAUACCCUGAUGGGGAAGAUUAUGUGGAUUUUGAGGAGGAGGAUGCCUAUGCCUAUGACUUCCAACCCAGGGGCUUCUCUAAAAGAAAGAGAUGGCACAGGCCAUGUGUGAAUAGGGAACUGAAUAUCAGCUCUUCCGGAAAUGAGACUGAGAAGCCAAGGUUGUGCUUGACAGAACCCAGCCACGGGGCCCUCCUGAGCAACGGUAGGAUUUCUGAUCCCACUCCCAAUGGCACAUCAACACUUUUAGGAACAGUCCCACACCCAUCUGAUGUUUCUAUGUCUUCUCUGUCAGAGACAAACUACGAGCCGGUGUCCUACGAAUCCUUUCUGGAAGAUGACGAAGAGUCGUCAAAAACGAUCAGCCAGGAGGAAGGGUUUGGAGCUCCUUCACUUGGAGAGCACUCCGUGAGUGCCAGUGGAAGGGUCUAUGGUACUGUGAGCUCAGAAGGUCAGCAGUGGCUGCACCAAACUGUGCCAGCUCCAAAAGAUGCUCUGGCAGGAAAGAAGGUGACAAACAUCUCUGAGGUGCAUGAGCCGGUGGAAAGGAUGCAGCCUGGUGGUACCUUAGAGAUCCUGGAAGCAGAGCCUCAGAAGACAACUACUCAUGCAACAAGCUUGCGGAACUCAAUUGCUUCUGGUGUUGACAAAGCUCUUCUUCAAGAGAACAGGAGCUCAUUUCAUGAGAAUGACCUGGAGCACAAUCUGGGACUCCAAGACACAUCUUCACAGAGUACUGAGGACAGGUUACUAACAGGGACUAAUAAAAUAUCCUCGAAUCUAGAUGAGCCAAAGGAGACAAUCAAUGCAGAGCCAGCUUUAAGUACUGAUGAUAACUCUUCUUCCACACUGGACAAUCCUUCUGCAUCUUCAGACGAGACAGAGAACAACGGGACUUCUCAUGCUGCGGUUCGCAGUCACACCAGGGAUAGCAAUUAUUCAUCAAAUGAGCUAGAUGCCAGGCUGGAAGAAAGACCUCACAAAGAGGUUUCACAAGGCUUUCAUGGGUCUUUCAAAGGGGGUAAUUAUUCUUUCAUGGAGCCGGGACCCAGCAAACCUGUGCAAGAACCAAUCUUCACAGAGGAGAGUAACUUCUUGCCUGCAAAAAGUGGCCCAGAACAAGAAGCCAGGGAACUUGCCAAAGGCACAAACCAUCUAGAAACCACCUUUGCACAAACCAAUGAUCUCGAGCCUUCCAGCUAUAUAAUGACAGAAGAGAGGGAUGAAUUAGUCUUGGAGGCAGUGUUUCAGGAUGCCACAGCCACUAAGGAGUUGCCAGAGAUGGACAGUCCUGCCCUGUCUGAGCUGGGCACCGUGGGCAAUGACACAAGGCAGUUCCCAAAUGGUUUCUUAAGCAGCCCUGAGCAGUUUCUGCAACACAGAGCUCCAGCCCCAAGCAUGAGUGGCCCUGCCUGGCUGCCUCGGCAGGUCAGGUCACUGGAGAGCAGAACAGAGCAGGACGUGGCCAGCCAGCCCCCUGAGACAGCAGUGAAUAGCGAAGCGUGUGGACCUCAUUCCCCUUUUAGCAGCACUUGCUUCAGAAAGAGGUCCUUGACACCAAGCAACGCUUUGCCUGAGGUGAUGGUGGCCCAGCAAAGCCUGGAUACCAAACCAAACGUGGUUGAGGGGAGAUCACAGCCAGGCAAGGAUGCUCCACCGGCUCUGCAAGGAGAUGGCACUGAUGAGGUGCAUCCCGAGGGGAGGCUGAGCACAGAUGGCCGUGUUCAGAGCAGCAGUGAGGGGGCUCAGCGCAGCGGGCGCUCCUUCCCUACAUGGGGAGCAGGGGGGAGCAGGGCAGCAAUGGCAGCGAGCAGCUCCGAAGCUGCAGACCUGGCCUCAAACUGGGAUCUGGUCACCCUGGGGGCAGAAGGACGCGCUGGGAGCUUGGGGAGCCCAGCUUUGGCUGAGCUCCAUCCAGGCAGAGGUGCUGUCUGGGGGGGGCCUGGAAAUGAGCAAGCUCAGGGGAGAAGCCAGAUGGAGGAGCAGACCAAUUCUGUGGAGCAGCCAGGUCAGUUCAGUUCUCAGCACCAGCAGCCCCAGGCCAAUGCCACAGAGGACUAUGUGCCUGAAAGCACGUAUGGGGAAAGCCCGGAAGAAAUCCCUAUGAAACCAGCCUCCAAAGAGAACUAUUCCCUGUCUUCAAGCAGCCCUGCUCACAACCAUAGCAAUACCACAGAUCCAACCAAAUAUGUGCAAGCCAGUCCGGAUCGAUGGCAGGAGCUUGGUGGGGAAGAUGUCCUCAGAGAAACCAGGAAGAGAGAGGGACAGGGCCUAGGAGAGCCCAGGGAGGAUGGAAAAAGCAACAGCACAAAUGGGAAGAGCAACCAUGGCCCAGGACAUAGGGAGAGACUGGCUCUGAACAACGGGACCCAUUCCAGCCCCUCAAGGGCAAAGGCUGACAAGCCAGAAUAUGAUGAGUACGGUGACACAGGGCAGACCAUGGAGGAUUUUGACAUCUAUGAGGAAGAGGAGCAUGACCCACGCUCCUUCCAGGGGGAGGUACGGCAAUACUUCAUUGCGGCAGUGGAGGUGAUGUGGGAAUACAGGAACCAGAGACCCCAGCACUUCCUGAAAGCCAUGGACCCCCGGGGUGGCAGGAGGAAGCCUUUCCAGCAGUACCGCAAGGUGGUUUUCCGAGAGUACAUGGAUGAUUCCUUCACGCAGCCGGUGCUGCGGGGAGAGCUGGACGAGCACUUGGGCAUCCUUGGACCAUACGUCAGGGCAGAAGUCGAAGAUGUCAUCAUGGUCACAUUCAAGAACCUGGCCUCACGGCCCUUCUCCUUCCACUCCACCCUGCAAGCCUAUGAAGAGAUGCAGGAUGCAACACAGGGAGAGGUGGUGCAGCCUGGCAAGGUUCGGAAGUACACCUGGAAAGUCCUGCCCCAGAUGGCACCCACCACGCAGGAAUUCGACUGCAAGGCUUGGGCUUACUUCUCCAACGUGGACCUGGAGAAGGACCUGCACUCGGGGCUCAUUGGGCCACUGAUCAUCUGCCGCCGUGGGGUGCUGAGCUUCGUUUUCAGGCGGCAGCUGGCUGUGCAGGAGUUCUCCCUGCUCUUCACCAUCUUUGACGAGACCAAAAGCUGGUACUUCCUGGAGAACAUGGAGAGGAACUGCCGCCCUCCCUGCUACGUCCAGCAGGACGACCCCAGCUUUAAGAGGAACCAUUCUUUCCAUGCCAUCAAUGGCUAUGUAAGCGACACACUGCCCGGGCUGGUGAUGGCUCAGCAGCAACGGGUCCGAUGGCACCUCCUGAACAUGGGCAGCACUGAGGAUAUCCACUCCAUUCACUUCCAUGGGCAGCUGUUCAGCGUCAGGACUAGCCAGGAGUAUCGCAUGGGAGUCUACAACCUUUAUCCGGGUGUCUUCGGGACAGUGGAGAUGUGGCCUUCACAUGCUGGGAUCUGGCGAGUAGAGUGCAAACUGGGAGAGCACCAGCAAGCCGGGAUGAGUGCUCUCUUCCUUGUGUACAACCUGAACUGCCAAAACGCCCUCGGGCUGGCCUCGGGCCACAUUGCCGACUCCCAGAUCACAGCAUCGGGGCAGUACGGGCAGUGGGCUCCUUACCUGGCCAGGCUGGAUAACACCGGCUCCAUCAAUGCUUGGAGCACAGACCGCAACAACGCCUGGAUCCAGGUGGACCUUUUGCGUCUCAUGAUUAUUCAUGGCAUAAAAACCCAAGGAGCCCGACAGAAGUUCUCAAGCCUUUACAUCUCCCAGUUUGUUGUGUUCUACAGCUUUGAUAGGCAAAGGUGGAAGAAAUACAAGGGGAAUACCACCAGCAGCCAGAUGCUGUUCUUUGCAAAUGUGGAUGCAACUGGAGUGAAAGAAAAUCGCUUCAACCCUCCCAUCAUAGCCCGGUACAUCCGCAUUAACCCCACUCACUACAGCAUCCGGACCACAAUGCGCAUGGAGCUCAUUGGCUGUGAUUUGAACAGCUGCUCCAUGCCCCUAGGGAUGGAGGACAGAGGGAUCCCUGACCAGCGCAUCUCCGCAUCCUCCUACAGCAGCAACAUCUUCUCCAGCUGGUCACCCUCCCGGGCCCGCCUGAACAUGCAGGGGAGGACCAACGCAUGGAGGCCAAAGAGCGACAGCCCCAGUGAGUGGUUGCAAGUGGACUUUGAAGUAACCAAGAAGGUGACUGCAAUCGUGACCCAAGGUGCCAAAGCUCUCUUCACCCACAUGUUCGUGACAGAGUUUGCUGUCUCCACCAGCCAGAAUGGUGUGCACUGGACCCCAGUCCUGCAGGGUGUCAAGGAGAAGAUUUUCAAGGCAAACCAAGACCACACCAGCACAGUGACGAGCACCCUGGAGCCCCCGCUCUUUGCUCGCUAUGUGAGAAUACACCCGCGCCAGUGGCACAACCACAUUGCCCUGCGGAUAGAGUUCCUCGGCUGCGACACUCAGCAGGAGUACUGAUGGCUGCAGGACCAGGCAUGGGCAGCGCCAGCCUCAGGACCCACAUCCAACCAGACACUGGACUCUCACCAGGGCUUGAGCCAGCCCCCCGGGGCUCUGACCAUCCCUGCUGCUGGGGAAUAGAAGGCCUGCAGAGCUGUCACAGACGCUGGCUUGUUAUCAGCAUCUUCCUGGCCCUUAUCUACCAGAUGCCACAUAGUCAGACGCAAUGCUGAAGAAUUAAACAGUAAUUUUCCAGUGUAAAGCUGAAGAAUUAAACAGUAAUUUUCCAGUA